GUCAACAGUAGAGACGAGCUAACAUGAAAACUAGCAGCGGGUUUCCUGCUUGCCUCAAAAAGACAAUGUCCCGCCGCAGGUGAUUGUCAUGGACGGACCGGACCAUCCAGGUCGGUUCUGCCGGGUCAGCGAACCAUCACAGAUGUUCCUCUUCCCGGAGCAGGCCCUGGAGGUUCUGCGGGGCUUCAGCGAUCAGCGCCAGCAGACCCGGUUCUGUGAUGUGAUUUUGGUGGCGGGGGGCCGGCGGUUCCGGGCCCAUCGGGCCCUGCUGGCCGUCUGCAGCCCCUACUUCCAGGCCAUGUUCAGCCUGGGCAUGAGGGAGGAGCUCCAGCCAGAGGUGCAGCUGGAGGGCGUGACUUCUGUGGGUCUGGAGGUGGUUCUGGACUUCCUGUACAGCGGACAGCUGCAGCUGGAUGGAAGAAACGUCGACGAUGUGCUGGAGGCCGCGCACCUGCUGCAGAAUGUUCUGGUUCUGCAGCUGUGGCGAGCCGUGGAUUUCUGCUGCCAGUACCUGGAGCAGCAGGUGAGCGAGGAGAACUACCUGGACCUGCAGCAGCUGGCCCGGUUCUAUAGCCUGGAGCGGCUGGACAGCUGCAUCGACCGCUGGGUUCUGGCCCGGUUCUCCAGACUCCGCCUCACUCCAGACUUCCUCCAGAACCUUCCGCUGCAUAAGCUGACCUCCUAUCUGUCCAGCAGCCAGGUAAGACUCUUGAGUCUCAGGUCCAAACGCUUGGAGCCGGUUCUGGAGCCUCUCAGUCUGCCUCAGGUCCAGUUCGACAGCGAGCAGAGCCUCCUGCAGGUCGCUCUGCAAUGGCUGGACCAGAACCCGGACCGGACUCCACACGCAAAGCAGCUGCUGGCCCACAUCCGGUUCCCCCUGAUGCCGGCCGGAGACCUGGUGGCCCGGGUUCUUCCAGCGAUCCGGGCCCAGCUGCCCGACGGAACCGGCUGCCAGCAGCUGGUGGAGGAGGCGCUGCGGUACCAGGCCCGGCCCUGCGCCCAGCCGCUGCUGCAGACGAACCGAACCUCGCUGAGGGGCGGGGCGGAGCGGCUGCUGCUGAUUGGUGGAGAGGUGGGCGAGCGCGGCCAGGAGCUGAGCGGCAGCAUGUGGCGACUGGACGGCGAGUCGGGCCGCUGGGAGCUGCAGGCGCAGCUGCCUGCGCCGCGCAGCCACCACUGCCUGGCGGUUCUCGGAGGCUUCAUCUACGCCGCGGGCGGCAGCGGCUCCAGGGACAACGGCGGAGACGCCGCCUGCGACCGGCUGCACCGCUACGACCCGCGCCUUGAACAGUGGACCGAGGGGGCGCCAAUGAACCAGCGACGGGUUGACUUCUACCUGGCAGCCGUUGGCGAGUUGCUGAUCGCCGUGGGGGGCAGGAACGCCGGCGGGCCGCUGGCGUCUGUGGAGGUCUACCGCCCUGCCGAGGACCGCUGGGCCGACGGGCCCCCGCUGCCCAGGCCCACCUAUGGCCACGCCGGCGCCGUCCACCAGGGGGCGAUCUACAUCUCUGGGGGUCACGACUUCCAGAUCGGACCGUACCGGCGGGACGUGCUGAGCCUAGAUCUGGCCCGGCCCGGUGAGGCGUGGCGGAACCGCCAGCCCAUGUCCGUGGCCCGUGGCUGGCACCGCAUGGCGUCCCUGCGCCACCUCGUCUACGCCAUCGGGGGCAGUGACGACCACGCCAACACCGCCGAGCGCUUCGACAUCCUGGAGGCCGAGUUCUUCGACCCGCGGUCGAAUCAGUGGACCCGGGCGGCGCCGCUCCUGCGGCCCGGCAGCGAGGCGGGCCUGGCGGUCUGGGCCGGCAGGAUCUACGUGUUGGGCGGCUACAGCUGGGAGAGCGCCGCCUUCUCCCGGGUCACUCAGGUGUUCGACCCGGAGGCCGGAUUCUGGUCCCGAGGGCCCGACUUGCCCAUGCGCACCGCCGGCGCCGCCGCCUGCGUGUGCAUUGUCAGGGCGGAACCGCCGCGUCCGGAACAAGAGAACCAGAAGUCGGGCCGAGGAGACAGGAAAGCAUCGCCGCAUUAAUUGCGCCGGUUCUGCUGCUGUUGGGUCAGAACCACCGGAACCACAAGUUCUGCUCUAUAAUCUAUGCACAUU